AGCACCUACAGCCCAGAUACAAUUUUGCGAAGCAUUGUUAUUCUUUUAACUACCGCCUAACUCACAAUUGCGCGACUUUCUUUUCCCCACUAAAUUAAGAUACGAUGAGUGAUCCCAUAGCCGACGCCAAAGCGCAAGAAGCAACCCAUAGCUUCGCAUUCCGCGCCGCCACUACAUCAGAUAUACCCGCACUCCAGGAGAUGAUCGGACAGUCACUACGUGGCCUAUCCAUUGGCCAUUAUACCCAAGCCGAAUUGGAUGGAUCAAUUGGUUUCCUCUUUGGGCCUGACACAUUACUCAUCCACGACCAAACAUAUUUCAUUCUCCAUCCGAUCUUGUCCCCGGAUGUCAUAGCAGCCUGUGGAGGUUGGUCUUUCCGGCGGACGCUUUACGGUGCAGACCGCGCUCCGGGUCGCAUGCCAGAGAAACGAGAUCCCAAAAUUGAAAGGGCAAGCAUCCGUGCCAUAUUCACGCAUCCUGAGUGGGCGCGCCGUGGGCUAGGUACAAUGAUGAUGCGCUAUUGCGAACACAAGGCGAAAGAAGGUGGUUUCAACCGUUUAGAGAUGGGAAGUACGUUGAGCGGAGUCGCGUUGUAUGAGAAAUGUGGCUAUGUGAAGAGUGGAAAAGAGGAGGACAGAGUGAAAUGCCCGAAUGGCGAAGUCAUUAGAAUCGUUCACAUGAUUAAAGACGAUGGUGCCGACUCACGGGAAUGAUCACGAUACCAACAACGGACUUGCUCGUACUAGAGGCUGGUUUACGAGAUUCUUUUCGCGAUCUUGAUUGCGGAUGAACAACGAAUGAUCUAGAAUCACGACGAGUGCGAGGUCUACUUGUAUAGCGUACGACCAAUUGCCACUCAUUUUGUAUAUGAUGGAGAAUCAACCCAUUACCAGGUCUCAUCUGAUAUUGAAAUUGGAGCCUGAUACUCCUAGAUCUGACGGGAACAGUGAUUAUUUGGGCAAACAUCGAUUUGGUCCAAUGAGAUGAAAUCGCAAUUGCAAAAUAGCAUCGUGGGAUUGUUCUCAUGGGUGUGUUUUUCGCACUGUAACACGCAUGAAACCGAUAGACAGAUAGAUAGACAUAUUGCCAUAUUGUAGACCAUCUCAUAGGCGUUUGAAGACAGUGUUAGUCCUAUUCAUAUGCAC